UAAUGAUGGAAUCGCCCGUCGCUAAGUAAACAUAGCAACCGCGUCACGCAAGGUACCCCCACCGCCACAGUUUACACACACCGCCAAGUGUGCAAAGUAAACACGACGUAAGCUCCAUUAUUUAUCGAUUUUAUCCGCUCCACGAGACGGCUGAAGUGUGCCCUUCAUAUUUGCACUGUAAUUACCGGUUUGAAGAACUAGCCAAUCAGAAUGCACCGUGCAGCGAGCAGGCGCUCGGAGGCGAGCGAGCCGGACAUGGACGGGAUGGCGGAGAGCGAGCUCUCCAAGCUACAGCGUCAGUACCGUAUCAUGGAGGGCGACCGCAAGGCGUACUGCGAGGAAUCUCAGAACAUCAUUCGCAAGCAGAAAGCCAUGAUCGAAGCCCUCCAGGCCGAGCAGACUGAGAUUAAGACAGACCUGAUGUUGGCGGAGAGUCGACAGAACCAGAUAAAGGACGGAGACAACACCCACUCACUCAAGGACCUGGUCGAGAGUAAGGACAGCUACGAGGAUCUCAUUGCUGAGGAGAAACAGACCAUCGCUGAACUGGAUGCAAAGAUUCGAGCCAUGGAGCGUAAGAUCAAGCAGCAGCAUAAGACCAUGGGAGGGGUGCAUGCCUCUCACCAGAGGCACACGCAGACACAGAAGAUGAUCCGUGUGCUGGAGAAUAGACUGCACAAGGCCACUGUGGAAUUCAACGACAUGCUGACAGAGAAUUCCUCGCUGCGGGAAGAAAUUGACCACCUGCGUACCGAGAGAAACGUGUUCGACAACCUCUACAAGAAGCUGUCUAAAGACUUGAAUGAGAAGAAGAAGGAGAUGGGAGAGAUCAUCGAGCAGUCCACAUCGGCAUAUGAUGCCAGGGAUGAGGCCCAGGCUAAGAUGAUGGGUCUGAAGGAUCGCAGUGAGAAGGACCUAGCACAGUACAACAUGGAGCUGAAGGAAUUGAUGCGUAUAAUCGACCAUGAUGCCAAGCUGAAGCAGUUCAUGACCAUGAAGACCCAGGAGAGGGCUGAGAUGCAAGAGGAGGAGGAGCUCAAGGGGAAGAAGAAAGAGGAAGAGAAGCCCAUUGGAGGAGAAGAAACUGUAGAAACGUACGAGGCUGCCUUUACGCGAAUCAAGGAGGUCACCGGAGAGGAAGACAUCGACACGCUCGUCAAGAAGUUCAUCGCCACGGAGGACAAGAACUUUGCACUGUUUAAUUAUGUUAACGAGCUGAAUAACGAGGUGGAACUCCUGCAGGAACAGAUCCAGGAGAUCAAGGAUGAGAUCGCCAAGUUUAAGGCACAGGGAAUCGAGAUGGAGAAACAGAGGAAGGAGAUCAUGAAAGACUUGGAGGCGAAGGCCACAUCGUCCACCCAGCAGGCUGACCAGCACGAGGCCCAGCAGAAGAGCACCAACAAGAUCCUGGAGCAGCUCAAGGCUGCGGUGGAGUCCGUCUUCACCAAGAUCAACUGCGACCGCUCCGUCAUCACCGACAUGCUGGGGGGCAGCGAGGGCGUGACCGAGAACAACAUGAUGCAAUACCUGGGCCUGAUCGAACAGAAGACCAACGACCUGCUACAGAUGCAGGCUUUCCUGGAGUUAAAGGAGGCUGAACAGAAAGGGGAGGAGACAGCCAGGCCGGCCACCACCACCCUCUCCAUCGGUCCAAGUGUCCCCCCUAUCCCUGCUACCAUGCUCAACAUCGCUGCACCUUCAACUGGCGACGAUUACGAGAGCGAGUCAGAAUCUGACGACAACGGCGACUACAACCGACCUCUGUCCCAGGACGAGCUCAAGGCGAAGGUCAUGCGCAGCAUUACCAAGAAAGAACAGGCGCCGAAGAAGCGUGCAAGCUCGCCGACGGGAGACAAACACGACAAACCGCGUCCGGGAAGCAAACAGGAGAAACUCAAGAAGUCAACCAAGAGAUAAACGUCAAACUGAUGACCCUAGGACAUUUUAUUCCAGCGUUUUUAUCUCAUUUUUUGGCAUACAGUUGUUGCAUUUUGUUAACAUGUAACGUCAACCUAUGGCACGCAUUUGUGGUACAUGUCUUUUAGCCCAAUAGCAUUGAACUGAAUAUUCUGUACUCACAUAUUGAUUAUCUUUAUAGUUAUAUUACAUAACAAGAAACAAACGAAGAUAUACAGAAUGCAUCAUACAACAACAUUUGUGCGCCAUGAAAAGUCUACACUGAAAAAGCUCACAUAAUGUAACAAGAUGUAAAAUGUAUUUGACAAAAAAACUGUCGCAAAUUUUUAACAGAUACAUGUACCUUUGCCAAACACUUAGCAUAUCAUAAGGACCAUGUAUUUUAACCAAAUGCCAUGCAGUAAUAUGUACAUGUAUUUUAACCAAAUGCCAUGCAGUAAUAUCUAUUUUUUAUAAAAUGAGAUUGUAACGACUUUUAAACUGACCUCCGAAUUCUUCGCAUCAAAGAACGUACACUGUACAAUUUACAUGUAAUACUAUGAUGUUAUGUCUAUUGCUUACAAAAAAAGAGUGAAUAAAUUAUGACAGUGUGAUUGACAUUCAAAGACUCUUUAUACCAGGUACUUUAAUGUCGACUAGUAUAGCUGAA